GCAUGCGCUGACAAUCCAUGCUAGCCGUUAUUCCCUCAUCUGUAGCAACAGCGUCGCUUGUUUGAAAACGAGCCCCAGAAAUUGCUCUUCCAGUAUUGAAUAGCUAGAAUACUACGUGUACAUGUCUGACAUUUGUAUAUGUGGGAUAUAAUAAUUUCAAUUUCAAGAAUGUGAAGAGGACGUUAUGGUAUGAAAAUAAUUUCAACGACGCUGAGUGGCUUGUGUUGUGGAAACUGGAUACGAGGGGGAAAACAGAUUGUAGUCUAUUCAAAGUAUCCAUCCAUCCUGUCUCUGCUUCUGUCAUAAGCCAUGCAUGGAUGUUCCUGACUAGUAAUUCCUUAUGCUUGAAAGAAGCCUUUUCCAGUUCUGUGCACUAUGGAUAGUGUGGACCUAAAGAGAUUGGUGUAUAAAAAUCCAGCCUCCAUUCUCUGCUGUGGUGUUCAGUCUCUUUCCAGUUACAAGAGGACACCUCCCAUUUUACUCUUCCAGUCCUUACUCAAUAUAUCUAAAGACUCUCUUUAGUGAGUAUAAAGGACUGUUGUUUUUUUUUGUAUCAUUUGUUUCUUGAGUGCAGUUUAAAUUGCUUUUGCAAGCUCAUAUGGAGACAUGGAAGAAGUUUUAAUUUAGGUCUUGAGUCAUUGCACCCCAUUGAUUUUAGUGUGGGUGGUGGGAUGUCGGAAAGGCCAAAUGACAAAAUGGUGAAGUUCCUGGCACCCCCUCCUAAAAGUGGAAAUGGGCCUUCUUCUGGUUCAGAUUCAAUGGUGAGCGAGUCCAGACCAGCAGACGUGAGACGCCGGCAUCACACUAUGGAGCGUGACAAGUGUAACCCUGAACAUCGUUUUUUGCGUCGAAGUGUCAUCAGCGAUUCCAAUGCCACAGCACUGGCCCUUCCUUUACCCAGCAAGGUCUCUGCGUCUCAGUGGAUUAAGCCACAGGAACCUCUUGGUCAGCUGCAAAGAUCUGACACUGCUACUCAGUUGCCCAAAGCUGAAACUAACAUAGCUCAAAAUGAAAAAUCUGCUGAUGGGGAAGGAGAACCAAGAAAAGAUGUCGAAGUUUCUAGAGUAGAUAACGUGCCUUCAUCUCAAGAGCCUACUAUUGUUCAAGAUGUAUGUGAUGGAGAGCUGGAGGGAAACGCCCGUCCUGCAAUAUUGCCAAACCAAGCAGAACCCGAAAGCUUGAAUGAGGUAAAAGCUCAUUCUGAGGAUGUAGGAGAUGAAGAAGAUAAAGAUUCAGCCAAGGCACGAGCAGAAGCCGAGCAAAGGGAAGCUGAGAAAAGAGUCCAAGAUGAUAUUGAAGAGGCAGAAACCAAAGCAGUUGGAACAUCACCUGAUGGGAGAUUCCUGAAGUUUGACAUAGAGAUUGGACGUGGCUCCUUCAAGACUGUCUACAAGGGAUUAGACACAGAGACUACAGUGGAGGUUGCUUGGUGUGAGCUACAGGAUCGUAAGCUGUCCAAGACGGAGCGACAACGCUUUAAGGAGGAAGCAGGGAUGUUAAAGGGACUGCAGCAUCCCAACAUUGUUCGCUUUUAUGACUCCUGGGAGGGACCUUCCAAAGGAAGGAAGUGCAUUGUUUUAGUCACAGAGCUCAUGACCUCUGGUACCCUGAAGACGUACCUGAAACGGUUCAAGGUGAUGAAAAUUAAAGUGCUCCGCAGUUGGUGUAGGCAAAUCCUCAAAGGCCUCCACUUCCUUCAUACCCGGGCUCCUCCAAUCAUCCACAGAGAUCUCAAAUGUGACAACAUAUUCAUCACAGGCCCUACAGGAUCUGUCAAAAUUGGAGACCUCGGACUGGCCACACUCAAGCGAGCAUCAUUUGCCAAGAGUGUUAUAGGUACCCCUGAGUUCAUGGCGCCUGAGAUGUAUGAGGAGAAGUACGACGAGUCAGUGGAUGUAUAUGCCUUUGGAAUGUGCAUGCUGGAGAUGGCCACUUCAGAGUACCCUUACUCAGAGUGCCAGAAUGCUGCACAGAUCUACCGCAGAGUUACCAGCGGGGUGAAGCCAGGCAGUUUCGACAAGGUGGCCAUUCCUGAGGUGAAGGAGAUCAUUGAGGGGUGCAUUCGCCAAAACAAGGAUGAGAGGUACUCGAUCAAAGACCUGCUGAACCACGCCUUCUUCCAGGAGGAUACAGGUGUGCGUGUGGAGCUGGCAGAAGAGGACGAUGGAGAGAUGGAGGCAAUCAAGUUGUGGCUCAGAAUUGAAGACAUCAAAAAGCUGAAGGGGAAGUACAAAGACAAUGAAGCCAUCGAGUUUUCCUUUGACCUCAACAAAGACGUCCCAGAGGAUGUGGCACAAGAAAUGGUUGAGUCCGGCUAUGUGUGUGAAGGGGACCACAAGACCAUUGCAAAGGCCAUAAAAGACAGGGUAUCUCUAAUCAGGCGCAAAAGAGCUCAGCGACAGCAGGUCAGAGAAGAUCAAGAGAAGAGGAGGCUCGAGGAAGAGGUGCAGGUUCAGGUACCACAAACACAGCAGACAAGCCAACAGUCUGGCAUGGAGAUACCCCAAUCACAGCCUGGACCGCCGUCUUCUUAUGUUGCUCCACAACCAAACCAGCAUAGCCCACAUAUGAGUGCCCAGCUUACAUCUCAGCAGAGCCUUCAGAGCUCCAACUACAGUGCUCCUCAAUCCACCCAACUGCCUGGCAUGUCACAGGGAGUCCUCUUGAUCCCUCAGACAACUGGGCAGGUUCCUGCUCAGAGUCAGAAUGUAGCUGCUGUCCCGGUGGACGGUGAUCAACCAGAGACUGACCAACAGCUACAGCAUGCCAGUGCAGCACGGGAUAUGGGAGACAGAAUACCCGGCUCCUCUGUCGUUCCUGAGUCCCAGCCUUCUCUGUCUGGACUAUCCUACACCUUAGCCCUGAGUCCACACCUACAGCCUCAAGUAUCAAGUCCUUUGAUCCAAAAUGAUCCAAAACAGCAGUCAGUGGUUCAGCAGAUUCAAAAUGUCCCACCAGAGGCCGUUUCUGUGAGACCCACAAACCAGCCAGUUUCAGUGACACCUUCACAGAUUUCCUCUCUGCAAGUCUCAUCGUCUUCUUCAUCUUCUCAGUCAUCACAGCCUCACUCAGACAGCAGCAGUUCUUUGGUACAGGCUUCAGCCUCACAGCUACAGUCUUGGGCCAAUGAUCCAAGUCCUCCUAUCAUGUCUCCACCAAUCAACGCAGAGCAUCUAUUCUUCCUCUAUCAGGCAUCAUGCCUCUCUGUUCUUCAGGGUCCUGGAACUGUUCUUCAGGGAACAGCAGUGGAGCAGCCAGCAGGGCCUUCUGCCCUCGUCCCACAGCAGCCAGAUAGCUGUUUGUCAGAUGCUGCUUCAGGUCUUAGUGAUGGCAACGAUGGGAGUUCCACAUCAGGGGGUCGUCACGAAGGGCGCUCUAUGAAGCGCAACCAGCGGCGAUCGGUCCGCAGCCGCUCUCGCCACGAGAAGAGCGGAAAGGCCAAGCUCAACGUUCUCAGUAUCUCUAACGUCGGAGACAGAGUCGCAGAGUGCCAGCUUGAAACUCAUAACAGGAAGAUGGUGACUUUCAGAUUCGAUCUUGACGGUGAUAACCCAGAGGAAAUAGCAGAGAUUAUGGUUCAGAGUGAGUUCAUUUUGGAGAAUGAGCGGGAGUCUUUCAUUGAGCAGGUCCGGGAAGUCAUAGAAAUGGCUGAUGAAAAGGGAAAGGGCAUGAAGGACGGCUUCUCCCAGAUUGGUGACCAGCAGCAGUCUGAGCUGACUGUUCCUAUGAUACCAGGUAUUUCUCCCAGCACCACGGCGCAGGUGGUUCAUUCAGCAGGACGGAGGUUUAUAGUCAGUCCAGUUCCAGAGGCUCGUCUGAAAGACAAGUUCUUCGGAGCCCCUUCUACUAACACAUCAUUUGGAGAUGAUGCCGGGCCUGCUCCCUCUGGCCUCUCUCUUUCUGCCCCAUCUGGGGUUCUCCAGGAGGCUUUCAGUAAAGUGAAGCAGGCCCGUAUUGACAGGAGCAACACUCUUGAUCCCCCUGUUCCUGUUUCCGACCAAGAACCAGUCACUUUCCCAUCCUCUGAGACCGGCCCCGUCUCUAACAUUCUGUCUCCUUCAGAGGCUGCAGCGCCCACCCCCGGCACUGCUUUUCCAGCUGAGUCUGUCACCUCCACUGCAAUGCCUUUGCCUUCUCAAUCAGCUGGCAGGGUAUCUUCUCCACCAGCAUCCGUUCCGUCACAACCUGCAAUCACUGAUUCCAUUCCACCUUUGCAGCCUUUGCAUGAAACCGCUGCUCCACAGCCUCCAACAGUGUCUACUAGCAUCCCUCCUCCGUCCUCCAUCUCCCCUUCUUCAACACAGACGUCCAUCUCUGCCGUACCUGGGCCUCAGUCGAGCAGUACCUCUGCUUCCACUGGCACACCCAGUGUUGGAUCUGCCCCCAUAUUAGAGCAGCAGCAACUAAAUGGCCAGCCUUCUCAGCCUGUAAACUCAGCCAUCCAUGCUCAGCACCCCCAGACCCAGAUCCCGUCACAGCCUGUGGAGUCGGAGGGGACUGAGCUCCAUUCCAAAACGGCUGGUAGAGAUGAUAUUCAAACCCUAGACAUGAAGCUGCGCUCCCUCUUUAAAGACCAAAGUUCUGCCUCUUCAGCAUCCGUCGACCCCAGUCAAAGCACAGGAACCUCCACCCCUCCUGCCACAUCCUCCCCACCACCUGGAACCACCAUGGUGCCCCCAUCAAAUCUUUCCCUCUCUUGUGGAGUACAGCUUCAAGGCUCAAUGACGACGCAGGCCGGACAUGCUCAGACCCCCCCAUCCAAGCCCAUGGGCCAGACCAGCUUUGAUCAACCAACCACACCUCCCUCAGAGCAUCCACCUCCAUUUCCUGAACCAAACCAGGCUCAGCAACAGCAAGGGGAUUCAGACAGUCAGCUGAGGAGAUCUGCAAGCCCAGAAUCUCUUCAGGCUGAUGAUGGAGUUCUGCCUCCAGGCCCAGGUUUCACUUUAGGACGCUUCACAAUCUCUGUUCCACCUGAUGAGGCACCCACUCGAGCUCCAGGUCCAUCCAGUGUGGUUUCCUCUGCUUCCUCUACAUCGUCCUCUACCUCCUCUUCAUCCUCCUCACCUUCAAGUCCAGAAAAUACUCUUCACCGCUCAUCCCUCCUGUCCAAAGAUGUCUCUGAAACUGACAGACCCAGUCAGCCCACAACCAUUGGACGCUUCCAAGUGUCUAAAAGCAGCGCCUCACCUGAGCCAGCUGUUGGUUCAGUGGUGGGACGAUUCUCAGUCACAGUCACUCCAGCUCCAAGCUCAGGUCCAACACACAGCUGCAGCCUGCAGAACGGACCUUCAUCUUCCCUCUUUGAUCCUCUGAACACUCCCGCCCACUACAGCAGCGACAAUGACGAGUCGGAGACAGACGAUGAAGUCUUGCAGAAAGAAAUUAGUCGUCUGAGAGAAAAACACAUGAAGGAGAUUCAGGCCUUGCACACCCGUCAGAAGGAGGAGAUAGCAGCCCUGUACAAACAGAUGGGAAAGUCUCCUCCUCAGUGCAUCGCGUCUCCUGCUCUGGUGAUGGCUGGAGGCAGACGCAGGCGCAAAAGCAAGAACCACAAGUCUCGCAGUGGCCAUCCCAGUCCCAUACACUCAGCUCAAAGUCAUGGAUCAGAGUCCCCUCCAAAGCAAACAACCGCUGCUGCAACAGAGGCUAAGGGAAGUGCAGUUGACACGCAGCAGCUGACAUGCUCUCAGUCUAUGCCGAGCCUCGGUGGCUGCACAGGAUUAAGUGGGUCAGGCUCCACAAACGGUUCAGGCCACGAGCAGGCCGCCAUGCCUCCUCUGCCUCAGGCCACAGGACCUUCAUCCGUCCCUCACACCCAGAAGGGAAAAGGCACCUUUACUGACGACCUACACCAACUAGUAGAUAAUUGGGCCAGAGAUGCCAUCAGUCUGUCUCAGUGCAAAAAAGGACCUAAAGCUGGAGCAACUCUUGGACAUGAUAUUAUUCCUCCAGCCAACAUGGCUCGUAAAUUUUCCGCCCCAGGCUACCUCUGCCCAGGACCUGGAGGGGCAAACAACAACACAUCCACGACCAACGCUCACCUCCCCAACCCAACCAACCCCUCUGCCUCUCUGGGGCCUCGCAAAGGCUCCCUCUGUCCAGUGGCCCAGGGCUUUGGAUUCACGCCAGUCUCUUACAGUGCCCCCCAGUGGGCAGGACCCACAGGCGCAUGUCAGGUCAGCGUGCACAACCCCUCACAACUAAAGCAGUACCAGCCCCCUACAACAGCCCCUGUCUCCAUGCAGCAAGGCUUUCACUUAGGAACAACCCCAGCCCUCCAGAAGUCAGUCAGCCCUGGGGGGUCUAACCCCAGGCCUACAUAGCCUCAUUGGGGGGCCUUGCUUUAGACUGGGAUGAAGGACCAAAUAGAACAGAGAUGUUCCACAGUCCUUGAUGGAGAACCACGACCCGCCUUUGCAGUUUCCCGCUGUUGUUGCGUUGCAUCAUCACUUUUUAUUUCCACCUUUAUCGUUGCGUGUUCCUGUGAAUAGUUGACCAGCAGGGUUGAUGUCCUCUCUGGCUAAACCAUGACUGUGGGGCGGGGGCGGGGGGAGUGCAAUACACACUCGCAGCACAGAAAUGUCCUGCUUAACCUGCCAUGAGCUGUGAAAAUGAGCUGUGAUGAGUCAGCCGGCUGGGUCAGACAUUACCAACAGCAGCCAAAUAGGAGGGCAGAUGUUAUCCUUCCUUUGAAGAGGAUUUGGGGAAGAAGGAUUGUAGUUCUUAUCCUUACAGGCCAGACUUGAAGCCUUUCAUGCCACAGACAUGUUCAUACACACCUGAGUGAACAUGAAUUUAGUUCUAUGACUUGGGAUGGGAAGGGAUGUUUACGUUGGUGAGGGCGGGACGGUGUAUAGAGGGUCUGAUGGGAGAGUGGAGCAGAGAGACUUGUAGAGUUGGUAGAAGAAAGAUUUGAGAAGUUAGUCUGGAAAAUGAUUGCAGUAUAAAUACAUCCCAUUAUUAUUAAUAUUAUUAGGUACAAGGCAAUAACAAGUAGAUCAACUUGUAAUUGUGGCCUUAAUUCCCAAAACGCACAUGACCACCGGCUCUGUACAUAGAUUUUUCCAUUGGGCUCUGUGUACACGUUAAACAUAUUGCUGUCUCUGUCGUCAUGUGACUUGAGUUUUUAUGUCAUAAAGAUUUAAUAUGGUGAUCUAUUCUUUACAACUGACUUAUGGACCAGUGGAUCUGCGGUCUGUAAAAGCUUUGUCCUGGUGUUGACCACCGCUGACUGUUGGAUGCCGACUCCGAUCAGUCCCAACAUGGCCGCUUUGCCGGCUUUUCCCACCAAACGGAUUCACACAAACCACUUUUUACUUUGUGCUCAGAAAUGAGAUGCUCCGAUAGAACUUAUAUCAAACUUUAUAAAUAUAUAUAGCUUUUCAAAAAACGGAUUCACCCACACCACUCCCAACAUCACAGAUAUAAACAAGUUCUGAGCAAAGUCCCAAAAUCCUUCUACCCAUCACAUUUAAGUGUGACCUUUCACAUCACAAGUGUCUGAGGUUCUCUGUCUGUGGUCUGUUUUUGUCUGCUUAUAUUUAAUACAACAGACGAUGUUCGUUAUGGACCUGUAUUCAGCCAUCAGAUUUUGAUGUUGUUUCACUGUAAUUAUUAAAGGUUGUUAAACAACAUGUAGUUAAUGAAAUAUAAAAAAAAGUGCAAUUGCAGGGUUGUUGUAAUUGGUAUCCCACUCACCGUGCAGGAAGACUCCUGCGGUCUGUUAAGCUCUUCUAUGACUGCCCUGUCACCCUUUUCUAUUUUAUUGUACAUAUGCUAAUGUGAGGUGAAAGCUUUCACAGUUCUCAGUCACUAGAGUUUGCUUGUGAUGACUCUUUCUGAAUGCACAUGCACUCUAAUCCGUAGACACCAGGAAGACUUUAGUGCCUUGCAUCCUCAUUAACAACCACCCACAUUAAUCCAGUAUUGCAGCCUCGACCGUGCAUCAGAGAACCAGUAACUAAAGCAGUGCAUGACGACACCCAACACGGCCACUUCCCAGCAUGCAACACUGAAACUUUGGCCACAUGCUGGACUUGCAGAACAAAUGGCACACGAAGUGGUAAACUUAUUUUAGCUUUUUUUUUCCCCCUCUACAGUUACAUUUGUGUCGAGUAAUCUCUGUAUUUAUACUCAGCUCAUGUGAACAUAGUUUUCUGGCUGACCUGUGUUUUUGGUGGGUUUAUUAUUAAACAAUUUUCAUACUUGUUCUGGAAGCAAGUGACCUGUACAAAGGUUUAAAAGUUGUCAUGCUGACUCAACUGUUGUCUUAUAGGAGUGCCAUGCUGAUGUUGUGACUCUUCCACCUGCUUGUAGAUUAAAUUAACUUCUCUAGAGAAAAAAAAUAGUUACUGCAAUGCAGAAUAUGCAAUGUUGAAAGUUUUUAAUGGGGUCGAAAAGGGGUAUUUGACAUAUUUGCAUGCUGAUGAGGGUAUUUACUAGUAUUAGUAAAUACAUUCUUGGUGUUGACCCUUUUUUUUGUUGUUUGGCUGUUCUCAGUAUAUCAAAGGCGCAACCUCAACGUCACAUGAUCAGUCUGGGUUCAGUUGUGCAUGCCAGCUUCACUGGUGUUUACCUUUCCGUAUGAUUACCAAGCCACCACUGUACAGCACAAACUCCACAGGGUCAGGUCCGCGCGCUGCCCCUUUCCAUCAGUAAUUAUCAGGCAUCUUCGUACUGUGUAAGGCCACUGACAGAUUUCUGAUCCCUCCUUUUUUGACUUUCUGUGAUCCUGUAUCUGUUUUGUGUAUGUUUUUUCACGUUGUACAAAAUGUAAAAACAAAUAAAAAUAUCAGAAGUCA